AUGGAGGCGGGAAAAGGAGAACUUAACGAGAACGUCAAUUUCAUCGUGGUGUCCAGCCCUCUCUACGACAACGCCUUUCGCUUCGAGGCCGCCUUCAAGAAGGGCUACUACUUGGCUUUCCGGCCGCCUACGCUGCUGAGGAUGAUCCCGUACAAUGGUGGGCCGCUGCCCAAAAAGGUGGUCAUCGAUUUCACCUUGGUCGACUUCCAGGCAAUGUUUAAGUUCAUCGACAUUGAAGAGGUGCUUCGACCAGUCAUCGAGAGCAAAGGCGGUUGGGUGCCCCUGGAGCAGGUCAAGGCCGAUGCCAACGUCGUCGCAUAUUUCAACAACAUUUUGCAGAAACCCAUGUGGGAUGAUGAUGACUUUCAGACGUACUUUGAGGGCCACUUCGAGAUGUGGGAGUACCGGACGUCGCCAAAGCAAGCGGUGAGGCUGAAGGGCGUGGACGAGCGCUUGGGCCACGCCCUGGAGCGAGUGAAGGACGCAGAUGAAGCAGCUUCGUUGGUGGUGACGGCCGGAGAAGAACUGAAACGCCUCCAUUGGCGCUACCUGCUGAACGCCUUCGAAGCGUUGAGCUUGAAGUCAAAGAGUGAGGAAAUCUCUGCAGUCGUGGAGCGGAUGGAGGCGCAGCGACGGCUCCUAGGGGCCCUGGGCGGCAUGUUGAGCAUCGAGGUGGACUUCGCUCACUUGGUGCGUUUCGCCCGGCUGCUCUUGAUGCCGGGAUUUGCCAAGGACGUGGCACAGAGGAUUGAAGUGGAGGCUGCUGCCCUGGGCAAAGUCGUCCUGGGUCGCGCCAAGGCCGUCGAGAGCGGUCAGGUGGCCGACGUGGUGAAGUUGGACGACCUGAAGUCGAUCCUUUCCUUGCCAGGAAUGUCCAACAGCGACGUGCUGGCCAGGAUCACGUCUCCUCCUUUGUCCGAGGCCCCCUUAGACCAGAUCCUGGAUGCUGUUGCAUCGGCCAGCGCGGCUCAUGCGCCGGCCUUCGCGCGGGAGGCUGGUCAGUUGGCACUCCAUAAAGUGAGCAGGUUCGGCGCAUCUGCUGUCGAUGUGGCUUCUGUGGUGACUGCAUUGGCUCAAAACGGUCUUCUCCUGGAAUCCUGUGCACCAUUGCUGGUGAAGCACGCUCCAAUGAUCAAGACAGAGGAGCUCGCUGCGGCUGUGGCUGCGUUGGGUGAGAAGGGCUACGAAGGUGCGGAUCUCACAGCUGCAUGCCAGGCUCUUGGAGGCUCCAGCGCCUUGGUGGCCCUCCGCCCCGCCGGGUUGCUGGCGCUGGCGGUGGCGGGCACCAAGAGCAGCGCGGUGAGCGGGGCGAUGGGCUCCAAGGUCGUUGAAGCAGCAGUGCAGGUCCUGGACUCUUGGACUGCGCAUGAGGCCAUCCGCCUCUUGCUGGCAGUGGCCAAAGCCAAGCCCAGCGCGCAGGCUCAAGAGGUCCCAGGGCCAUUGUGGGCGAAACUACUGCAAAAGGCUGCGGCAAUCGUGACGCCCAGCUUGCGGGAGCUACCCCCAGCGGAGUUGAUCCGUUUGGCCCUAGCGGCCAAGAGCCAUGCAGCUCAGGGUCAGGAGCUUCUGGAGGCUGUGGCCACCGCGGCCAUCCAGCGGCUGGGGGAGUUGCCACAGGCGCACUUGCUACUGAUGACCCAAGGUCUUAUUGCCUUGGGAGGAUGCGGAGAGGGAUCACGGGAGUGGAAACGGGGGCGGGAGCGGGGGAACUACACCAUCGUCAAGAAGCUGGGCAAAGGGCAGUUCGGAGAGGUGAAGGAAGUCUUGAAGACUGGGACCCAGCAGCGGUUUGCAUGGAAGCAAGUCACAUCGGAGCAGGAUCCAUACUACGAAGUUGAAGCUCAAAUACUUCGAGACCUGCAUCAUGAUGGCAUUGUGAGCAUCGUUGAAGCCUACUCCCAAGACGGCGUCGUAGACAUGGUGCUAGAGCUGUGCCAAAAGAGCUUGCAGUUCGAUAUGGACUCGCGAUUGGAACCUGCUCCAAUGACUGGCAAAAAGCAAUACAUGCGCCCUCGAUCGUGCGACAUUGCUUCGACCAUGGAGCAACUCUUAGCAGCGGUGUACUUUCUUCAUGAGAACGGGGUGUCGCACCGUGACAUCAAGCCUGACAACGUCCUCAUGUCAGUGGGCGGCACGUGGAAGCUGGCCGACUUCGGUUUGGCGACCCGGUUCAACCGCGGAAGCUACAUGACCGGAGAGGUCGGCACCCAACCCUUCAUGGCCCCGGAAGUGGAGCAAAGGCACUACACCGAGAAGUGCGACAUCUACAGCAUGGGAGUUCUCUUUAUCGCCUUGACGAUCGGGAAACAGUGGUGGCGGCCAGAGAGUCUGGAAGACGACGAGGCCAAAGAGCAGGCCAAGCAGAUCUUGACGCUAAAGACCUGGAAGGAACAAGAGCUCAGCGCUGGCGCUUUGGAGUUUGCCAAGCGGAUGGUGUCUUCGGAAAGUGAGCGCGGCAGUGCAGAAGACGCCCUGAAGAAUCCAUGGUUGCAAAAAUUAUCCUCGCAAGCAGACGGCGUCGUAGACAUGGUGCUAGAGCUGUGCCAAAAGAGCUUGCAGUUCGAUAUGGACUCGCGAUUGGAACCUGCUCCAAUGACUGGCAAAAAGCAAUACAUGCGCCCUCGAUCGUGCGACAUUGCUUCGACCAUGGAGCAACUCUUAGCAGCGGUGUACUUUCUUCAUGAGAACGGGGUGUCGCACCGUGACAUCAAGCCUGACAACGUCCUCAUGUCAGCGAGCGGCACGUGGAAGCUGGCCGACUUCGGUUUGGCGACCCGGUUCAACCGCGGAAGCUACAUGACCGGAGAGGUCGGCACCCAACCCUUCAUGGCCCCGGAAGUGGAGCAAAGGCACUACACCGAGAAGUGCGACAUCUACAGCAUGGGAGUUCUCUUUAUUGCCUUGGCAACUGGGAAACAAUGGUGGCGGCCAGAAAGUCUUGAAGACAAAGAGGCCCAAGAAAAGGCCAGGCAGCUUUUGACGCUGAGGACUUGGAAAGACUUGGAGCUAGGCCAUGGUGCUUUGGAGUUUGCCAAGCGGAUGGUGUCUUCGGAAAGUGAGCGCGGCAGUGCAGAAGACGCCCUGAAGAAUCCUUGGUUGGUGCAGAAAGUGUCCUCGCAAGCAGGACAUCAUGCAUCAGUGCGCCAAAUUUGUGGCUACUGGGGUGAGGUGCUUGCCGAGAGCGACACCCGUCGGCCCGAGAGCGACAUCUCGGCGCGACGAGAGCAGUUGGAGCGGACUCAAGCCUUGAGCGGCGAGCAGGUGGCGAAGCUCGGUCAAAUCCUAGAGCCCAUUGCUUCCGAUUUGGACCCGGAGACCUUUCGGCGUUGCUACGGCGCCAUGGCCCAGCGCGUGCUACGGCUUCGGAGGAGUCUUUCCAGUGCUGCUGCGGUCCACAUCUUGGAGCAAGUGCGCAGGGGUGAAGGCGUCGGGCUCUAUGAGCCCCAACGUGCAAAGCUCAAAGAGGCCCUGGAAAAGUCAACGUCCAGGAGCCGCAGUCGGAAGCGCAGCCGAAGCCGGAAGAGCCGCAAGAGCCGGAAGCGAGGACGACGAAGACGCAGCUCAUCAUCAAGGAGUGGUUGA